AUGGCGGACCAUCAGGAGAUGAAAUCGCACCCUCAGGCGCAAGCUACUGAGAUAGAGUUGACUGUCUCCACAGACCCGGAGGAGCUUGCUGGUGAUGAUAUGGAUGAGGAGGAAGAAUACGACCCCUCCAGGACAUUUGGUGACGAGGAAUACCCAAGCUCUGAGCCUGAACAGACUUCAGAUCUCACAGAGACUCCUCAGCCGCCACCACACCACGCCAAUGAAGCUGACCAACAGGAACCCGAAGCUGAACACGACGACAUCAAAUCGAGUGUGACAUCGAACGAGGCGAGUGGAGACGUCGCGAGUACCUCAGAUGCGCUGGAGGUAGCUGAAAACACGCCUCAAGACGAGACACAAAAUCCUCAAUCAAGCGCCUCCGCAGGAGGUCCCGGGCAGCCUCAAGUUCGCACAAUCGGGGGAUUUGAUGUCGAUGACGAGGAAGAGGACGAGCCCGAGGUUGAAACGCAGGACGGAUACAAUCAAGAAGAGCAGGAAGAAGAUGGAGAAGAAGCAGACUAUGAGCCUCCAGCUGUGCUCGGGAUGGAUGAUUCCAAUGCCAUGCCUAUGAUCAUGUCUGAAGAUUCAAGUUCAGAAAAUCAAAAUCAUACCACUUCCCCCGAUGCUUCUUCGCACUCAGUGCAGCAUUCUGUGUCUGGUCUAGAUGGUGCCACUAGCUCUUAUUCUCCUGCUCCCCUUUCCACUCCGGAUCCUUCUGCUUCGGCUUCCCAGCAGUGGACAGUGACACAAGACCCAAACAUGAACAACAGUACUGCUGAGACCCCUGUGCCCGACUCUCCUUCCACGGCAAAGGGUCGCAUGGCACAUGACCGGGUUGGCAUCUUGCAGGACCGCGUUGACGAGGACCCCAAGGGAGAUAUCUCUGCCUGGCUGGAGUUGAUUGCAGAGCACAAGGCUCGUAAUCGAUUGGACAGCGCACGAGAGGUCUACGAGCGGUUCCUGAAAGAAUUCCCAAUGGCAGCGGAUCAAUGGGUCGCAUACGCUGUUAUGGAGUCGGAACUCAACGAGCUCUUCCGGCUUGAGCAGAUCUUCAACCGAACACUGCUCACUAUUCCCAAUGUCCAGCUGUGGUCAGUCUACUUGGACUAUGUCCGUCGUCGUAACCCCUUGAGCACAGAUACUUCAGGGCAGGCAAGAAAGACCAUUUCUUCGGCUUACGAUCUGGCCAUUCAAUACGUUGGGAUGGAUAAGGACAGCGGCAAUAUCUGGACUGACUACGUGGAAUUUAUUCGAUCGGGUCCGGGCACGGUAGGAGGCUCGGGCUGGCAGGACCAGCAAAAGAUGGACCUCCUCCGCAAAGCCUAUCACAAAGCACUCUGUGUGCCCACACAGGCAGUAAACACCCUCUGGAAAGAAUAUGACCAAUUCGAGAUGGGCCUCAACAAGGUCACGGGUCGCAAAUUCCUACAGGAGCAAUCCCCGUCAUACAUGACUGCUCGUAGUUCAUACACUGAGCUGCAAAACUUCACGCGCGACCUGAUCCGAACAUCCCUGCCCCGGUUGCCUCCCGUUCCUGGUUCCGAAGGCGAUGUCGAAUUUGCUCAGCAAGUUGACAUUUGGAAGCGCUGGAUUGCUUGGGAGAAAGAGGAUCCCUUAGUGCUCAAGGAUGAUGAUGCCCCUGCUUACAAGAGUCGCGUUCUCUAUGUCUAUAAGCAGGCCCUCAUGGCGUUGCGAUUUGUGCCGGAAAUGUGGUUCGACGCCGCGGAGUUCUGCUUUUUGAAUGCAAUGGACAACGAGGGCCACGACAUGUUGAAGCAAGGCAUGGAGGCGAACCCUGAAAGUUGCCUCCUCGCUUUCAAGAUGGCCGAUCGGCUCGAGGUUAUCUCGGAUUCAGAGCAAGAUUCUUCCAAGCGAGCGGCAAAGGUUCGAGAGCCCUAUGACAAGCUUCUUGAUUCUCUCUACGACCUGUUGAACAAAGCACGUAACCGUGAGUCUCAGGACGUGACGCGAAUUGAGGAGGCAUUUGGCCAGGAUAUUACUGGCGGCCGAGGUGUGCAAGAUGACGACGACGAUGACGAUGCCGUCUCAAGCGAAGCGAAGGAGCGUGAAGCCGCGAAGCAAGCGCAGAUUGAUGCUGUGCGAAAGGCUCAUUCAAUUCAGAUCAAUCUGUUGUCAAAGACAAUCUCCUAUGCAUGGAUUGCGCUCAUGCGAGCAAUGCGCCGCCUUCAGGGCAAGGGCAAGCCGGGUGAACUUGCGGGCUCCCGACAAGUCUUCGCCGAAGCUCGAAAGCGAGGCCGGAUCACUAGUGACGUGUACAUCGCCAGUGCUCUCAUGGAGUAUCAUUGCUACAAAGAUCCCGCCGCUACUAAGAUUUUCGAGCGAGGCGCGAAGCUCUUCCCUGAAGAUGAGAACUUUGCCUUGGAAUACCUGAAACAUCUGAUCGACAUCAAUGACGUUAUCAACGCCCGUGCUGUCUUUGAGACCACCGUUCGCAGAUUAGCCGCUACUCCCGAAAAUGCACACAAGGCGAAGCCAAUUUUCGCUUUCCUCCACGAAUACGAGUCACGCUAUGGCGAUUUGGGCCAGGUGAUCAGCCUGGAAAGUCGUAUGCGUGAGCUCUACCCCGAGGAUCCUUCUUUGGAGCAAUUUUCACACCGGUUCACCACAUCGACCUUCAAUCCCAUGACAGUUCGCCACAUUCUCUCAUCCUCGCAGACUCGCCCCAAAACAAAGCAUCAACCAAUUGCUUCUGAGUAUCGAGCAACGCCUGCGCCCUACCAGGAAGGACCUUUGGAUUCACCGAAACGAGCCUAUCCUGGGGAUGAUAAGGAAUAUGACUCCGACCGACCACGUAAAUUUGCCCGUGCAGAUUCUCCCCUCAGAGGCGGGCAAAACCGACAGAUUGGUAUGCAAAAGCGUGUCACUCAAUUGAAUGGACAAAACACUUCGUCGUACAAGCCUCAAGGGUCUCCCGCUCCCCUUCCGCGAGAUGUGGUGCAUUUACUCAGCAUUAUCCCACCUGCUUCAUCCUACAAUAUCUCCCGCCUCCUACCUGAGAAGAUGGUCGAGCUUCUUCGACACGUUGAUAUUCCUGCGAGCACUGCACAUAUUCCGCUCCCAGCCAAUGUCGCAAGUCAGUACGGUGGAUCUGAACGUGCUUUUCCCUAA